CACUCAGGCUAGGUUUUUUUUUGUUUUGUUUUUUACAUAUUUCUAUAAAUCACUCUGUUGUACUGUUUUAUAUUCAGCUUCAACCCCUCCUAUUAACACUGUCACCUCUAAUGCUCAUAACGCAUUGUUCUCCCAAAAAUUCUAUAAAGAUUUGAAUUCAGCUCAAUUUUUUAAAAAUGCUUUUAAAAAAACAAAGCUGAAAAUCCAUCAACGCAGUUUAACACAGUUUAUAGAAUCAUCAUCUGCAAGAAAUCACAUCAAAGAUGUUAAACUUGUUAAGAUAAUUAGAAGAAUUCUUAACACUCACAGCAGCGUUUUUUUACCACAUAUGUUAUGAUCACAUAACACACCCGCAGGAAAGACGUAGUUUCAGUUUUUGAUAUCACCUAUAUUUUUUACCAAGUUUUAAACCUAAUGGAGAGAGUUUUACCCUUUUAAAAGCUUUCACACAAAUAUUUUUAACCACAAACACGUGAUACUUUACAGGAGAAAGAUUUUCCUACCUGAGAGUCCCAGCAGAGCAAACUCUUCUCCUGGUGGGUCCAAAUCAGAGUCACCAGACAGUAGGAGUGCAUUUUGGUUCUCCUGGUCCAUGUGUUUCCUUCUGCCAGAUCUUUACCUGCCUGCUGAACUGCACUUUGCCUGCAGCCUGCAGCCAAACUCGCUGUCAUCAGCUGAUUUAAAGGGUUUUUCUGCCCUGUUCUGUGUCUGCACGGCAGGGUUUUUUGUUUUUUAUAUGAAGGGGAAAGUGUGCAGCAGCCUGCAUGGCCGGAGCCUCCUGCAUGCUUUCUGACAACCUGGGAUUUUAUGCAUCAUGCUUUUAAUAAGCGCCGACAACACAGCCGAGAAGCCUCUCCACACUUAACCCCCUCCACCUCCAACACACACACACACACACCUCUUUAGGCUGCCUGAGCCCUGGAUUUACGGGCUUAGUAUUAAGAAAAUACUCCUGCAAUUUGGGAUUAGACCCCAAAAACCGCUCACAUCAACAAAGACUGUGUCCAUUUGAUAUCUUGAUACUAGUGAUCAAUCACUGGCUUUGUUGCCAUCGGCCACAACCAAUUUCGGAGAACACACAGAGGAAAUGAGAUCCAUAUUCAUUUCCUCUCAAAACAACCUGCCAGCUGUUUUUCUUUUGAUUUUAUUAGUAUUUUCCUGCCUCAGAGGGACCAUGAGGUUACAUUUCUCAGCAGGAGCCGACAUUAACACCGGGGACCUGAGCACCUCAGCACCGGGAGAUCUGCCCCCCUUUUCUGCCCGUCCUGUAGACUCCGGUCUCCCGUCCGUGCUUCUAGCAUGAUGUCUUAUCUCAAACAGGCCCCGUACGGGAUGAACGGACUGGGCCUGAGCGGAGCUGCUAUGGACCUGCUGCACCCAUCUGUAGGCUACCCCGGUAACCCGCGGAAGCAGCGCCGGGAGCGGACCACCUUCACCCGGACGCAGUUGGACAUUCUGGAGUCGCUGUUCGCCAAGACGCGCUACCCGGACAUCUUCAUGAGGGAGGAGGUGGCGCUGAAAAUCAACCUGCCGGAGUCCCGAGUGCAGGUCUGGUUUAAGAACAGGCGAGCCAAGUGUCGGCAGCAGCAGCAGAGCAGCAACAGCGCCAAGGUGAAACCAAUGAAGAAGAAGUCCUCUCCGACGAGAGAGAGCACCGGUUCAGAGAGCAGCGGCCAGUUCACCCCGCCGGCGGUGUCCAGCUCCUCCUCCUCCACCUCCUCCUCUACCUCCUCUUCCUCCACCUCCUCUGGUCUCGGCGGUCCUGGUCUGAUCAGCACAUCUACCUCCAUCACCGCCCCGGUGUCGUCUAUCUGGAGCCCGGCGCCCAUCUCCCCGGCCCCGGCGCCGGCCACGCUACCCGACCCUGCUGCCCCCACCAGUGCCUCCUGCAUGCAGCGCUCUGUGUCGUCCUCUGCUUCUGGAGGAACGCCCUCCUACCCGGUGUCUUACGGCCAAACGGCGGCGGCGUACAGUCAGGGUUACCCGGCCUCUGCAUCAGGCUCUUACUUCGGUGGCGUGGAGUGCAGCUCGUACCUGGCGCCCAUGCACUCCCACCACCACCCGCACCACCCACACCAGCUCAGCCCUAUGACUGGCAGCUCCAUGUCGGGACACCCGCAACACCACAUCGCCCAGACAUCAGGGCACCACCACCAUCACCACCACCCGUCACACCACCACCAGGCGUACAGUGCGCCAGGCCUCACCUUCAACUCCACAGAUUGUCUGGAUUACAAAGAGCAGACGGCGGCUUCGGCCUGGAAACUCAACUUCAACACCGCCGACUGUUUGGACUACAAAGACCAGGCCUCGUGGCGUUUCCAAGUGCUGUGACUUGUGUGUCGUCUUCUCUGCUUACAAAGAAAUAUUCUUUUGUUGUUGGUGGUUUAUUUUUGCAGAUCCUUUAAACUAAUAGUAGAGACAUUUAAAGAAAAAAAAGUUUAUUUGUGAGCAAACUGAAAAGUUGCACAGAGACCUGAAGCCUGAGCAGCAGGCCUCGGGUUCAGCUCUGUCGCCGUCAGCGGGUCAUCUCGUCCAGGAUUAUUUUUCUACUCCAGAACUCGAGAGAAACUGACCCAGUCACAACUUUUGAAGGCCUUGAACAGUACAGUUUCAGUGGAAUCUGCAAGAUUGUGCAGUCUUGGGAUCUUCUCAGUCAGUUAACUCCAACUUGAUUGGAAUUAAUCUUCAAAAAAAAAAAAUCAGCGUUGACAGAAAUAACAUGAAAAAAAUCAUAAAUUAGACUCUUGAGUGGACUUUUCCUAAAAAUCAUUUUCAAAAUCACAAUGCUGCUAUGAUUUUCAGGUUGCUGAUGUUCAUUUCUAUCUGAUUUUGAAUCUUGUUCAGAAACUCGUCGUCCGGCCUGUUGGUGUUGCAGCACUUGUUUAUAAGGUGAAAGAUUUUUUGCUAUUUGUUCUUUGCAGAGGAAAGAAAAUAAAAAAAAUGUGAAUUAGACACGCAAUGUCAGUAUUCCAUUGAAAUUUGAAAGAUGUACAUUCGUGUCUUUAUAAUAAAGUCUUGUUAAAACACGA